AUGCGACGCGAAAGACGUCGUGAUCCUGAGUGGACAGAAGUGCUGGCAUCACCUGUUCGAGCUGAGCUGUGUACCAUCAUUGUCUCCUUUUUGUAUGAUCAACAUUCUCCUGUACGUGAUUUGCCUGCACCUUUCAGGAUGAAUGCCACUCCAUUGACAGGCACACCAGCUCCUUCAAGCUCAGGCCCAUGCUUGACUGUAGCAGGAAUCUCAGCAGCCACUCCUAAAGGAGUUCCGGCUUUUGCUCCAGUACGUAGGGAUCUGCUGCACCAUGUUUCACGUGUGGAGUCUCCAUAUGUUAGGGUUCCUCGUGAUGAGUAUUACCCUAAAAGUUUGGAGCGUGUUUCACAAGCUGGGUCUGUUGGCGAUGCUACUGCACCACAUGCAUUUUUGGGAGGGACAGCCUUGUGUCCCAGUACAUCGAAUGCUCUGCCUUGCCCACCGUUGAAGAAGGAUGGCAUUCCAAAGGUGCACAAACCAAGUGUUCGGACCUCAACCGCUAUGCAAUUGACGCGUUCAAGGAUGACUAGUGAAAACAACUUCAUAUUGGAUCGUUUUGCAGCUCUCUUGGAAGUUUUUGGUCAAUCAUCAGAUGUUUACAGAGCACUGUCAGCCUCUCCAUAUGCAGAUGACCAUCGAAAAAGGCUUCUGAAUAAUUAUGCAGCAACGACGGUGCUUAGACAUUUACAAGCGGUGCAAAAAUUUGUCACAGUCGCUCAGCAACUGGGUUUAGAUAUCCACAACUGGUCGGAGGCUCAACUUGCGGACGUUUUGACAGUGAUGCAGCUGUCCAAAUCAUGUGACACAGACAAAGACGCUUCUGGGCUUUGCAGUUUAGGCACAUUUACAUGGCUUUACAAAUUUUUGAGGACCUGGGAUGAAGUGAUGCAUGAGUUGCAGAUUUCACGGACCCGCUGUGAUUUUUUGAUUCCUACGAUGUCCCCGGAUGGAUCGUUUUCGGUCUUUGAACCAUUGGAUUAUGCAGGCACCACCAAAAUUUUUCGGGACAUGUUGCUGACACCAUGGAAGAGUUGGCAAGGGCCACAUCCCCUGGACAAGCUUCAGAUGCAAUACACGCUUCAUUCAAUUAAAGCGACCCUGCUGAGUUUUGGCCCCCAACUCGGUUCCCUUGUCAGUGACUCAGAUCGACUGUUGCAGGGACACCAUCAGGAUCCCAAGCGUUCACUGAAUUUGUAUGGCCGUGACAGCGUGUGGGGUUCAUUGCGUUAUCAACAGACAGUGAUUACAGAGGUUCAGAACGGUUGGAGGCCCAAAACCGCCCAACACAGGGGUGGACAGUUUCCGAUGGUGGAACCACGGGUUACCCUGGAGCGGUUUCAGAAGACAGCUCCAGAGUACAAUUUCUUGUGGUUACCGUUUGCUCAACAAGUGGUUUCCAAAGAAGUGAUGGAAACUGAUGAAGCAGUUUAUGCCAAACAUCGUCGAGUUACUCAUGCCAUGGUCAUCUCAAAUGAUGGCAACCCAUCCAGACCUUGUCACUUGGACAACUACUGGAAAGCUGCAUGUGGCGCUCACAUGCUUCAUACGGAGACGACCUUUUUGGAUGACUGGCAGGAAGGUGCACACCUGGCAAAUCUAAAGGCUUACUCGGCCAAAUUUCUGGGCUUCUUGACGCAGAAGGUGGAUCCUGUUUUUUACAGCUUCGUCCACGUCCAGCCAAAGCCCAGUCUUCGCCUCAACCUUGGACUGUCCCAGGACUCGGGCAUCACCCCAGACUGGACUAUCCGGGACCAUCAGCCCAUGUGUUUGCACAUCAUGCAUGGACUCAGCCAGAUUAUGCAAGACCCCGAUCAGGCAUUGUUUCCAUCACUGAUUGAGGGUGUGGGUACUGGUUUUCAACGUGAUAUUCCUUUGAGUAAUUGCUUUCCUCUCAAUGUUUCAGAGGAUGUUGAUGAGCCACCGCUGUCGGCACAUUUAACGAACUGGCAGAGCGCUGAAGAUGAUCUCAUGUUGACCAGACAGCUUGUGCAACAAGAAAUCGAUAAAGGAUGGGUAUUUCCAUUUGAAGGCACUUUGCAGGACGCACAGCAACAAUAUCCCUUGGGCGUCGCACUGGGCAAGCUUGGUAUUGCCCACUCAGAUGGGCGGCCUCCUCGAUUGGUCCUAGACCAAACAAUUUGCGGCCUCAACGGGCGCUGUGUGAUCCCAGAGAGAAGUACACUGCCAUCCGCUAAGGCGGGGAUUGUUAUCAGUCCGCACGAGCGAUACACUGAGGACCUCCUGAAGCUCUACAGCCUUGAAGGGAGGAAGUCUAAAUCCACCCCUGAUGUGUCCUGUGAAGACUAUGACUCGCAAGAGUUGGACGAUGCUGGCAAGCACAGAUUCCGAUCUGCCAUGGGUACGCUCUUAUACUUGUGUCAAGCAACAGCAAGCUGGAUGAAGUACGAGGUUGGUGAUCCUGGAACCUUGGAAGCUGGAACCAAUUUGGUAGAGGCAUUCACAGGUGCCGAUUGGGCUGGGGACAAAUCAAGUGAGACCAGGAAACGCCAUUCAGUUUCCUCAGCGAUGGUCUAUGUGAACAAUCGCCUGGUUAGCUCAUGGUCAAGGACGCAGAAAAGCAUCGCUCUGAGCAGUUGCGAGAGCGAAUACCUGUCAGCGGUGAGUGGAGGAGCUGAAGCCCUCUAUGUUUCCCGUCUUUGGUCCUUUUUGGUGGAAAAGGAGGUUCAGGCCAAGAUUUCCUGCAGAGCCUUUUCACAGAGGCAAGGAGUUGGUCGACUCAAACAUGUGGAGACCAAAUACUUGUGGCUCCAGCAGCAGAUCAAGUCUGGAAGUUUGGAGAUGGAUGGUGUGGCGACGGUGCUGAACAUCUCAGACCUGGGAACCAAGAAACUGACAAAGGUGAGGCGAUGCUUCUUGAUGUACCUCAUCGGCCUGGUGGAGUUCGACCCCAGCACGAAAUCCUACGUUCCGGCUGGAGCAGACGAAUUCAAUCUCUUCAUGCAGAAAAGUAAUGGGCCGGAACAUGAAGCUGAUUCGCCGGGUGGUUCUCAACACGUCGGCGGAUGGAUCUUCGGAAUUUCCAGUGAUGUUUCGGAGAUCUUCGCGGACUUUCCUGGCUUCAUGAUGGUGUAUGCCUUGGUAUUCUUCUUGGUGGGUUUGGCCUGCGGAUUCGUUCUGAAGAAGGCCAUACAUCGAUGGGAGCUCUCAAAAGUGAUCAACUGGGCUGCCGAGCAGAUUGGAAAUCGCAAGGAGAUAACCUAUGUCGAUGAUUGGGAUCCUGAACGACAUGAACUUCGGCAGUUCCGAGUGCUGAAGCACGUGGAUGAAGCAGAGAGCGGAGAAGAAUACUUCAGAGAAGUACCUGGUGGCAUGGCGAGAUUCGUGAAGCUGGAUCGAAGGAGGCGAGCUCAUCAUGGAUUCGUCGAAACUGAUGCGCUGAACGCCUACGACCUUUCUGAUGGCGAGAACGCCGAGGUGGAGCCCAUGGAGAUUGACGAGGAGGAGACGAACCUUCCGCCGGUGGCAGCACUGUCCGCUGCUAUGGCUGAGGCGGAUCAACAUGGAGAACUUCAACAAGGUGAUGGACAUGCAGGUCGAAGUGCUGGAAGCCAAGAUCACGUGUCUGACAGCAACACACGUGAGUAUGUGGACCUGCCUGGUUCGCCGGAGAGCGAUCAUGUUCCUCCUGCUCUUCCUUUGGUGGGCGUGGACUGGAAUGACAACUAG